AUGAACCACUCCACCAGCGCCAAAGACUGGUCCGCAUCCCUAUACCUCAAAUUCGAGAAAGAGCGCUCCCGCCCGUCUCGCGAUCUCCUCGCCCAAGUCCCCCUGGACAACCCUCAUCGCGUAGUCGACCUCGGUUGCGGACCCGGCAACUCAACCGCCAUCCUCCGCGACCGCUAUCCCGCCGCCACCCUGUCCGGCAUCGAUUCCUCCCCCGACAUGCUAAACAAAGCGCGCGCCACCCUCCCGAGCAUCCCCUUCCAUCAAGCCGACCUCACAACCUACCACCCCACCGACGCCGUCGACCUCUUCUUCUCCAACGCUGUCUUCCAAUGGCUCCCCGAAUCAGACCGCAUCCCAACCAUCAAACGCCUGCUCCAAUCCCAAGCGCCCGGCGCCGUCUUCGCCCUCCAAGUCCCCGACAACUUCCACGAGCCUUCCCAUGCCGCCAUGCGCGAGACCGCGGAAACGGGACCCUGGGCCGCGACUCUGCGUCCGCUGCAGCCCGCGCGCGGCCUCAUGCCGUCGCCGCAGGUGUUGUACGACGCGCUGAAACCCCUGUGCGCGCACGUCGAUCUGUGGCAUUCGCACUACUACCACGUCCUGCAGGAUCAUGGAGCGGUGGUGGAGUGGGUGAAGGGCACGGGGUUGCGGCCGUUCAUCGAUCCGUUGUCGGAGGGGCAGAGGCGAGAGUUCUUGGAGGUGUAUUUGGGGAAGCUGCGGCAGCUGUAUCCGAGAAGUGUGGAUGGAAGGGUGAUUUUGAGGUAUCCGAGGCUGUUUGUGGUUGCGACGAGGGCGUGA